AACAUUGUGGCGGAAGUCCCCCCUCAGAUUAAAAUGUGCUAGACACCUACAGCAUCAGUCCAUUCCAAUAAAUACUCCCGUCAUGGCUCCAUCGCUCGAAGAGCCGGCGCAAGACAAUAUCGCCGGUCCUCUUAAGGCGGUACCGAAGCUUGUCGCGCCCGAACCAGAGCACUGCCCCGGUCCAGAAUCCGAACAAGCCGGUCAAGGCGAAGCCUGCGCCGGUUGCCCUAAUCAACAAAUAUGCGCGUCUGCACCGAAAGGCCCGGACCCAGACAUUCCCAUCAUAACCGCCCGCCUGGCAGGCGUACAGCACAAAGUCCUCAUUCUCAGUGGAAAAGGCGGCGUCGGCAAAUCGACCUUUUCAACGAUGCUCGCACACGGCUUUGCCAUAGACCAAGACACGCAAGUAGGGCUCAUGGAUGCCGACAUCACAGGACCUUCUAUCCCGAAGAUGAUGGGUGUCGAAGACGAAACUAUACACGUCAGUAGUGAUGGCUGGAGUCCUGUGUGGGUCGCAGACAACCUGGGGGUGAUGAGUGUGCAAUUCAUGCUGCCUAACCGCGACGAUGCAGUGAUUUGGCGCGGACCGAAGAAGAAUGGGCUGAUCAAACAAUUUUUGAAAGACGUGGACUGGGGCGAGCUGGACUAUCUCAUUGUGGACACGCCGCCAGGAACUUCGGAUGAACACCUGAGUGUAAAUAGCUUUCUGAAAGAGGCGGGUGUGGAUGGCGCGGUUCUGGUGACAACGCCGCAAGAGGUCAGUCUGCUGGACGUGAGGAAAGAGGUGGAUUUUUGUAGGAAGGCUGGGAUACGGAUACUGGGCAUUGUGGAAAACAUGAGCGGGUUUGUUUGUCCGGGCUGUAAGCAUGAGAGCCAAAUAUUCAGAGCCACGACGGGCGGGGCAAGGAAGUUGGCCGAGAAAGAGGGUAUUCCCUUCCUUGGAGCGGUGCCACUGGAUCCUAGGAUUGGCAUGGCCUGCGACUAUGGGGAAAGCUUUCUGGACAGUUUUCCUGACAGUCCAGCUUGCAAGGCAUUGAAUAGCGUUGUGCAGAAUGUGGUGCAGGAGAUAUCAAGACGAUGAGGCCUAGUUUUGUACAACUCGGGAAUUUUGGGACGAGAACGCAUGUCACUGGUGUUUUGUUGGGAGAUGCCUUGUGGGUAUCUAUAGCAUUUGCGGAGUACAAGGACGGCAUUAGGAAGAGUAUGGUUCUAUCUACUACUAUACGUAUAUGGCAAUGGAGUUCUAUUAGGCGCCCCCAGAAUGAGGACUACGACAUACACACCCCUUGUACGCAUACACGGCAUAUCACAGUCCGCAAUGUUCCCCGUGCUUUUUCGUG